AUGAACUCAGGAAGGAAGUUCAUUAUAAAUAAAUGCAUUUUUCUCAUUUUUUCGAAAAUAUCGCCUAUGUUAUGUGGGGCGGAAAAAAGAAAACUGCAUGACGAAAUUGUGGAGCACGUAAAGAGUUCCAAGCUGAUCAACUAUCCUGUAGACAAAACAUGCAUAAAUUUAUUUUACAUAUCGAAAGAAAUUGACAAGCUGAUCAGUGCGCGAAGUGCAUUCGUAUCGGGGGGUGACCAGAAAAGAAGCCACAUCACUCUGCAGAGCUGCUUAAAUUUGUAUUACUUCCUAAUCACAUCUGCAAAGUUGAAGAAGAUCACUUUUUUGCACAGGAAAGUUCUUGAAUAUGUGGAGCAAAGAAUUGCCACGAGUCUACAAAUCAAGGGGGUCGAAAGUGCGGAUGAGAAAUACAUUCCGUAUAGUAUCCACAUAAAAAAUGAGAAAUCGGUUAGCCACUUGGUGGCCGAGCUGAGCACAGACUGCGCUGCGUAUUUGAAGAAAAUCAACGGCGUUAAGAUAAGAUACCUAACAAUAGACAGAAACCAAAUAAAGAUAGACGAAGAAUGGAAGCAGAAACACCAGUGCGCAUUUAACAGAAAGAAGCUAAAAAUUCCGAUAAGUAAGCACAACUAUGAAUUUAUUUUAAACGGAGUAACAGAACCGGCGUUAAGGGAAAAGGUGUUGACUCUUCUUAACAGCCCUUAUGAAAAUAAAGGCAUAAAUAGAGACGUAAUAAAAAUUCUGAGGAAGAGGUACGAUGUAGCGACGAAGCUUGGGUAUAGAAACUGGGUACACUAUUCAAUGUCUCAUUUCACAAGUGAGAAAGGGAAGUACGAAAAAUUAAGGGACUUCUUUAAUUUAGUCAAGGGGAAGGUGGAUAGAGAUUAUGCACGUGUGAGUGCUAACAUGGGGAAGUUACUCAGUUCGUCAGCUGAGGGGGUCAGUCAGCCGAGCGAUCGAUAUGGCCUGCACCAGGACAGACGCGAAUUGCGACGUGAUAGAAUCUCCCCUCUUCGUGAUAAACCCACCAUGCACGACUGGAGCUACUACUACAACAAAAGUGUGAACAAGUUAGACGAAUAUUUCGUGAAUACCUUCUUCCCUCACGGGCACGUAUGGAAGAACUUCAUCGAAAUAGUUUCGCGCAUUUACAAUUUCUCCUAUGAGGAGGUGCAGGAGAAGGGUGUCACGAAGAAGUGGCCCAAGGGGAGUCUCGUGUAUAGGAUUGAGCGGAGGAGUGGUAACCAUUGCAUCGGUGCCAAUACACACUUAAACGAAUCACUAGUACGAAGUCGAGUUGGAGAGAGUCCCAGAAGGGAAGUCCCCUCCGGUGAUAGUCUGCUAGGCUAUAUGUACAUAGUACCCUACAUAGAAAUAACGAUUAAGGAUUAUUUUAGAGUCCCCUCAAUGAACUGCCUAUCGAACACCUGCCUGAUAUCUACAGGGCAUGUAGUGGUGGAUUAUAAAUUUAUUGGGACUAUGCCAAUAGAAAAAAAACUGUUCAGUUGUUCAGAAAUUCUAACCCUAUUUCAUGAAUUUGGACAUGCUUAUCAUUUGUUAUUAUUAUCAAGGAGAUAUGGUUUAUAUCAGUUUUCGAACAUGCCAUUGGAUUAUGCGGAGUUUUUUUCUCACAUGAAUGAACACCUGGUGAAUAACUUCAGUGUGUUACACGCUUUAUCAAAUAAGGCAGAUAAUAAUUCCAAAAUAAAUGAAGACAUAUUCAAGUCGAUUAAAUUUGACUCUUCUCGGUUGGCUAACAUUUACACGCAUGCAGUGAUAGAUUACGAGAUCCAUGAUUUAAACCCUUACGAUUUUUUUGCCAACCAUUUGGAUGACAAUCGUGGUGAAGUUGCACAUGACCGUGCAUAUGGCGAUGAUUCGUUAGUCCCUUUUUACAACCUCAUUGGAAGUUACCUUCCGUACAAAAUUGGAUCUAGCUAUUCCAUACACUCGACAAGCUUCCCGUAUCAUUUUUCUUGUUAUUAUGCGGGCUCUGUUUUGAGCUACUUAUUGGCUGAGAUGCGGGUCCUCAUGAACAUAUCGACUGCUGACUUGUCCAUCAAGCGGAACAGUUCUCUGGUUGCUUUUCAGAAAAAGUUUUACGCCAUUGUGGCACAGGAUUUUAUUGGCUCGUCCGGUUGGCCUGGCUCCUCCGUGAUCGACUGCGCGCUGGCCAACAGGAAUUUGCUGGCCUGA